AUUUAUCAGUCUCCCAGUAAAAUCACACUAAAUAAGGGAGUGGCGCCCUCUGCUGGUGACAUGGUGAAAAUGUUGAGGUGGGAAAGUGCGUAAAAGCAGCCCUGAACUAACUUCAGACUAGACGUCCAAUUCAAAAAUAUUUAAUAUGACGCUUAAUUAAUUACGAAUCAAUUCCUUAAUCAAUGAUUCUAGAGUUUGCACGAAUUGGAAACGUCCAUUUAAGUAAGUCGGAACUAUCAGUAUAUUUUAUCCCUGAUUUAAUUAACACAUGUUUUAACACGAGUCCUAUCUUGUUGUUUACUUUUUUCUGUCUUUUUUUAGAUUGCCCAAUGCACCAUGUUUCCAGGCUGAACAAAAAAACCCGACCCAGUGGUCUCUGGACCAUUAGGAAAUAGUCUUAGAAAAUAGAAUAAUUAAGGUGGAUGAGUCAAGACCUGUCACCAAAAAUAAGAGUCCUGUCUGACCAACAACAUUGGGAUAAACAGACAGAGGUGGAAGUGGCCCUUCCGCUGCAGCAAACCCGCACAUCUGCUUUGGGGGCGAGUUUCUUUUUUUUACGCCAAGGAUGUGAGCAGGAGUGGCACUCGGUGGGCUUUAAAUAGGAACUGUCUCCAAACGUUGGGACAACAGAGCAUCUGAAAACUUCCAGCAGCUCACAGUGGAAACCACCGGUUUGCUGACAGGAUGGACGUCAACAGCAGAUUGGGGAUGAGGGACACUGUGCUGGCGCUUUUACUCGCUGUACUCCAGGGAUUUCCUCUCGGUGAAACGGCCCCGAACCCGUCGCCGCUGGUUGGAUCCAACUGGGGGAACCCAAGGAGAUAUGUUCACCUGCAGACAUCCACAGAACUCAACAACUUCUACUUGGAGAUCAGAUUAGAUGGCACUGUGCGCAAAACUACAGUCAGGAGUUCAUAUAGUGUGAUUUUACUGAAAGCUGAAACAAGAGAGCGCAUUGCCAUCCUGGGCGUCAAAAGUAGCCGUUACCUGUGUAUGGAUUUGGAGGGCAACCCAUUCAGCUCUCCUACCUGCCUCAGGGAUGACUGCCUGUUCAACCACAAACUUCUGGAAAAUAACCGGGACGUGUACUACUCCAGCCGGACCGGCAUCCUAUUUAACCUGGAGGGAUCCCGGCAGGUGUUCACAGCUGGCCAGAACCUGCCGCAGACCUCCCUCUUCUUGCCCAAGAAGAACACGGUUCCGCUGGAGCGUCUCCUGCUGCACAGGGAGAAGAGGAAUCAGGCGGUGGAUCCCUCCGACCCGCACAACGUCUACUUGGGUCAGACCGAGGAGGGCUCGGACUCUCGGGCCGUGCCGGAGGACGACGCCGACUUGGAGGUGGAGGUGGAGGUGGAGGCCGGGGACGAUGGUGGCAACGUGUCCCGGGAGGCGCCGCUGGCUCUGUCGACCCACGACCCCUGGAAUGUGCACUCGUCCAACCCGGCCAGCCCCCGGAGCACCGGGACCAUGGGGUGAUUUUAAUGGUGACUGAUACGGAUGUUCCAAGGUGGGGGGCUCUCUUAACCUUUGUCUAACGAGGUCAAAGAUUAACCUUGUAGUUUAUGAUCAUAUGGGAGAAAAAAGCAUUAACAGACUUUAUUUUGAGAGCAUUCAGGUUUCAAACUGACUACAAACAUUAGACCUGCUUGCACCCCCCCUUUUGCACAAUUUAUAGUGUUAAAAAUCUAUUCUUUGUGCAUCUCCUGCUUUGAGAUCACUGCCAAUGUAGUAUGUUAAAUCAAUAAGGGAUAGGUGUUUUAUCUGCAUCCAUCUCAUCAAUAAUGAUUAUUUUGUAUGGUGAUAAAUGUGGACAGGGAUUUCACCACAUGUAACAGUUUUGUUAGAUGAUAGGCCUACAUACUUCUCCUCAGAAACAGAUUACUGAAAAAUAAUUUUUUGUUCUGCAUGAGCCAAGAUUAGUGAUCCAAAUCCUUUUCCCAUCCAUUAGUUCUCUCACUGAGCUAUAGCUUAAAUGAGAAAUUGCAGGUAUGCAGGAAUAUAAGAAAAGCAAACAAAGCCUUAGCAACUAAUAAUCCCAACACUAGAGACAAGUCAGCAUGUGUACCUUCUCCUUGAGGUUUUUACAGCUGGUCUGAGAACCCCACAUUUCAAAGUGACAUGGAUGUUAUCUCAAGACAGAAGCCUAACUUAGCCUUAACCUCUGGAUGACUGAAGGCCAUGUUUACUGAGGUGAAACUAGGCAGGCGUUAUUUUAAACCACAAUAGCCCAAACAUGAAUAUAAUUAAGUUGCAUUUAGUAAUGUUAAGGUUAAGUUUUGCCUAUAUUUGAAAGUCCUAAGUUUACUGAGUUGGAUAUAGAAGAUUUGAAGUUUGUUUAUUGUCAUAUUUUGAACGUACAAACAGCAAUUCCAAAAACUUCUCAAAACCACAGAUCACAGUUAUGUAUCUGUAUCUAAUUCAUGACUUGAAGGAAUAUAACUACAGGGUAAACACCCUUUACAGAGCAGUACUCUUGAUAUCAAAUCUGAACUCGGGUGAUUUUUACAGGUGCUGAGCACCACCAGCAAACACAAAAACCGGUCCCAAUGAGUAUUUAUUUAUUUAAUGCCAUUCCUUUAUUGUUAUUUAUGGUAUUUAUAAGGAUGCUUCACAGUAAAUAUAGCCUGCAUAUAAAGAAAACAUGGCUUGUCUUUGAAUGUAUGAGUUGGAGUUGUGGACGGGGUGUUGCUUGAAUUUAGGACAAAAUAAACUAAUAAAGGAAA